AUGAGUGUCCCUGUGGCUCCGAAGAAAUCAUGUUACGCUCAGUUGCGGGACAACAGAAAUGGAGUGAAAAAUAAUAACGAGAGGAUCCUGAGCCUGGGAGAUACAAAUGCCAAUCAGAUCAUGUUGGAGGUCAGUUCCUCUCCUGAUGAGUCUGAGACACGUGACCUGACAGCUGAAAUUGGAAAUGCAAAUUCAAGGGAGCCGGACAAUAGUACCCACUUUGGUAAGGAAUUUCACCAACUUCAGGGCUUUGGGAAAGCACUGCAGGCUGUCCCCACCGGCCUGAAAGACUUUAAAUUUCCUUCGACCAUUCAUGGAGGACUAAGUGAAGAGCACACGAUGGAGAGAGGCACAGAGAUCGUCCAGACUCCUUGGAGUAUUCAGGGACCAAGCCUGUCAGGUUGGAGGAAUGUCAUGGCUGAGGCCAGUCCAGAGGUUUUGGCUAAAAGGGAUGCUGAGCUUCCCCGGCAGGCUCCUAAGGAUAAGCUGGCAAAGACCCUUGACAAUGAGGAGUUGAGAAGGCAUUCGCUGGAAAGGGCUGGCAGCUCUGCUCUUGUGGCAGACCUGUCCCUGAGGGAGCGUGGCGGGAGCCUCGGCCGGCAGUGUCCGCGGCCCACACCGCUGGAUGGCCCUGAAGCCGUGCGGCGUGAGCCCGGUGGUGGGGAGCGGCCGCAGAAGACAUCAACAGCCCCCGCUCUAGGGGCAGCUUUUCUUCCAGCUGACAGAACCUUAGAGGGAAAGAGUGUGCGUCAUCCUAAACCAUCUACCUCAGCCACCAAGGGGACCACCCCCUCAGAGACCCAGACCGAGGGGCCACGCGUGCCGAGAGUCAGCGGUGAGAGCACAGCACAUCCUGCCCUUCCAGAGCCUGGUCCGGACCCAGCUCCGGCCCCGAAGGGACCCCCGAGUAAGCCAGAAGCACAACCAGGUCAGGGAACUGGAGAGCCCAGGCCGGAGCUGAAGGGUGGCCAACCCAAGGCUGUGCCGGAGUUCAAGUCCGCCCAGGCGGGCUGCGUGGGAGGCCCGAAGGAAGGCAGUGUGUCAUCCCCGGAAGGAAGGGAGCCUGGUGGGGAAGCACAGCAGGAAGCCGCCACCGGGGCUCUUAGCCUGUCACAUAGCAGCCUCCACCACGUUGGUGUGGGAAGGGGCGGGCGCGAGCAGGACCAGAGGGCAGUCAGCCUGGGUGAGGAGGGCUCUCUUCAGACCACCCUCCUGGGCCCUGCUCCCUUGGGAGCUGCCAAUAAGCAGCCCACUGGUAAAAUCCCAUCGAGUGCGGCUCGGAAGCUUGGCGACAUGGCAUCCACUGGCGUGUCGUCAGGAGAUGGCCAGGUUCCUUUUUUCCCUUCUUCUCCACUGGACAGCAGGCCCUCAGAGGUCAGUGAGGAGACAGCCCUGGACAGAGCAAACCUGGAUGGUGCUGCAGCUUGCACUUCACAUCCUUCUGUCGGAGAGGGCAACGCCGGGCUCCCUGAGCCCCUUGACCCUCGGAGCAGCAGCUCAGAAGUAGGGGACAGCAAAGAGAUCACUGCAUCUGUUGCAGAAAACAGGAACCUUCUACAAGGCGCAGCUAAGCCUGGAAGCCCCCCAGGGGGAGCGGAUGCUCCUCUGGGUGUCCCGGCACCCCUCCACCUAGAGCCAACUGUGAAUGUGACCCACCAGCCUACGCCACCUAGUAGCAGCAACGUUCAGGUCUCAGGCGCAUCGGGUGCGGAUGCGAGGCCCCCCCCGGCUGCUGUCCCCCCCACCGAGAGUGUGCGGUUGUCAAACACCCCCCCGAAAGUGCCUGACAGGAGCCCCUGCCCCAUCGGGGUCCCCGAGCCUGCCCUCCCACGUUCUGAAGGCAACCUGGCCCGCCAGGACGGGACGGAGAAGCAGCAGGUGGCGACAGCGGAAGAAGGGACGGAAGCCAAGCCCGUCGUUCUGCCCAAGCCCAAGCACGUGAGGCCCAAGAUCAUCACCUACAUCAGGAGGAGCCCUCAGGCCCUCGGCCAGGUGGACACCUCGCUGGUUCCAGUGGGGCUCCCUUACGCUCCGCCCGCGUGCACCAUGCCCCUUCCCAAAGAGGAGAAGGCAGCAGGCGGUGACCUGAAGCCGCCUGCCAGCCUGUAUGAGAAGUUCAAGCCAGACUUGCAGAAGCCGCGGGUCUUUGGUUCUGGGUUGAUGGUGUCCGGGAUCAAGCCCCCCGGCCACCAUUUCAGUCAAAUGAGUGAAAAGUUUUUGCAGGAGGUUACAGAACGCCCCGGAAAAGAAGAGUUUUGUACUCCAUCCUACACUCAUUAUGAAGUUCCUCCAACUUUCUAUCGAUCGGCCAUGCUCCUCAAGCCUCAGUUGGGAUUGGGGGCAAUGUCCCGUUUACCAUCUGCAAAGAGCAGGAUCCUGAUUGCGAGUCAGAGGUCCUCGGCGAGCGCCAUCCACCCACCGGGACCCGUUGCGGCAGCUGCCGGCCUCUACAGUGCCGACGCGGCAGCAGAUUUAAAGAAAGCCUCUGGUUCAAAUGCUGCAAAAUCCAAUCUACCAAAAUCUGGACUUCGUCCUCCUGGAUACUCACGUCUCCCGGCAGCCAAGCUGGCGGCAUUUGGCUUUGUGCGGAGCUCUAGCGUGUCAUCGGUCUCCAGCACCCAGUCCGUGGACAGCGCGCCCACGGAGCAGAGCAGGCUGGCCAACCGGUCAACCUUCGGGAAUGAAGACCAGCCGGCUCUGAAGGCGGCUCUGCCUUCCAAAGACACACCCAAGGGGGCCAGCCGGGCGGCCCCUCCUGCACCCUCCAGUGUGACAACGCCCCGCAGGAGUUUGCUCCCGGCGCCCAAAUCCACAUCUGUACCCGCUGGAUCCAAGAAAGAAGUACAAAAAGAUCAAGAUGCUAAUAAACCUGCUGUUUCGUCUCCUAAGAGAACAGUGGUUUCAGCCACCAAGCUUCAUUCACCAGGACACCCCAAACAGCGGACGGCGGCUCCCCGAAAUGGGUUUUCCCCGAAGCCCGACCUGCAGGUGCGUGAAGCCGAGCGGCAGCUGGUGCAGCGGCUGAAAGGCAGGUGCCAGCAGCAGGCCAGGCAUCUGGGGCUCGUCCAGGCGGAGCUGCGCAGGGCCGUGUGCGCCUUCCAGGCCCUCGCCGUGUCCACCCAGUACUUCUCCAGAAAGAAUGAAAGUGCCCUUGUGAAAGAAAAAGAGCUGUCAAUCGAACUUGCAAACAUCAGGGAUGAACUUGCCUCCAGCGCAGCCAAGUGUGAGAAGCUGCAGAAGGAGAGGGAGGACCUGGAGCGGAGGUUUGAGGAGCAGGUGCGCCAGCUGGGCGGGCAGCAGCAGGCGGAGCUCCGGGCCCUGGAGGAGAGGCUGCAGGCGCAGUUCCAGGCCGAGGCCGUGCGGCUGCAGGAGGGCCACCGCGCCCAGCUGCUGCGGAUCCGGUGUCAGCACCAGGAGCAGGUAGAAGAUAUCACGGCCAGCCAUGAGGCCGCUGUCCUGGAGAUGGAGAGUAACCACACGGUAGCCAUCGCGAUCCUGCAGGAUGACCACCACCACAAGGUCCAAGAACUGAUGUCCACCCAUGAGCUUGAAAAGAAAGAAUUAGAAGAAAAUUUUGAAAAGCUGAGGCUGUCAUUACAGGACCAGGUAGACACACUGACCUUCCAGAGCCAGUCUCUGCGGGACCGAGCCAGACGCUUUGAGGAGGCCCUGAGGAAGAACACCGAAGAGCAGCUGGAGAUUGCACUGGCUCCCUAUCAGCACUUGGAAGAAGACAUGAAGAGUUUGAAGCAGGUAUUGGAGAUGAAGAACCAGCAAAUACACCAGCAGGAAAAGAAGAUUAUUGAGCUAGAAAAACUGGCGGAGAAAAACAUUAUCCUAGAAGAAAAGAUCCAGGUUCUCCAGCAGCAGAAUGAAGACCUCAAAGCAAGGAUUGACCAGAACACCGUGGUCACAAGACAACUGUCGGAGGAAAACGCGAAUCUCCAGGAAUACGUCGAGAAAGAAACCCAGGAGAAGAAGAGAUUGAGCCGCACCAACGAAGAGCUGCUUUGGAAGCUCCAAACCGGGGACCCAACCAGCCCUGUUAAACUCUCCCCCACGUCCCCUGUGUACCGUGGCUCCUCCUCGGGGCCCUCCUCUCCCGCCAGAGUCGGCACGACACCCAGAUGACGCGCCACCACCACGCCGCCUGCGGGAGCUGUGACUCCUGCCCGCCCAGGCCUUCUACCUGGAGGGAGUGGUGACCAGGGGGCCGGCCGGGGGUCGCCGGCCCUGCGCGCAUGCUCAGUAGCUGCCUAGCUGCAUCCUAAGCAAAGUCCUCCUCUGACCCUCAUGUAAGACUGCCCUGGUGUUGGCACUUAGGAAAGUGUGACCUGUAGUGUCUGAUGUGCAAACGUUUGACCAUAGUUAGAGCCGAGAGAAAGAAACUCCAGUUGGUCUUGAGCAAUGAACUUUCACUGCAGAAUUUCAGGUUAGUUACAAAUAGCUCAGUUUUGGAUCUACAUUGAAUAAUCAUUGUGUACUGCACCGAUAUGUGUGUAUAUUUAGAUACACGUAUAUACACAUGCAGCAGUCCCGAAUUGUGUUUUUUAUACCACGAAGUGCUGACAUAUUUUGGUGAAGGUCAGCAGUUUUCUAACUUGUGCCUAAGAAUUAUUGGGAAAUGAAAAUGCAUUUCUAUCUAGCUUCCCAGGAAUAUUUCUACCCAAAAUAGAAAAAGGAAAAAAAAAAAAAGAUACAGAGAAGAAGCGCCUUUCAACCUACCACCAAGUGGUAACUCUAUUUAACACAAACACCAGCGAUUUGUGAACGGUAACUGCCUUCGGAACAGUCAGCUUCUUAGCAUGACGUGAGGUCACUAUUAUUCCAUUCACAAGUUUUAAUUGUUAAUGCUCCUGUCGUGAGUGGUGAAGGGAGAAGGGUGGGAGACCCCGAGGGCUUUAGCCGUUUCACAGACGACACUCACGACAGUGAAUCAUCCAGUCUUGUAAACACAGGUUUUGCUUUUUA